UCGACGAUUGUGAAUCACUGAGAUUGCAAUUUUCCUUAUGUUUUUUCCUUGUGCCUGAGUGUAAAAUCUAUGUUGAGUUAGUGUUUCGCGGGUUGUUUUUGUAUUCUUUACCAUCGAUUUUCUCCCGUGAUAGACACAAUUAUGAGUGAAAAUGAAUUUUCUUGUUUGGAAAAAGUUUGUACGUUGAAAACGCAAGAUGUAGUGUUCAGCACUAGCACAGUUCAGCACUCGAUAGCCGUCAUAGCUGUCGUCGUGAAGAGCGGGGAUCUGGUUUUGUACGCACUACCCAAUGGGUCGGACAGCCCGAUCGUACGCUGGGUUCCGUGGGUCGACGAUGUGCAGAAGAGACUUUCCGCUUUCGCUUUCAACCCGAGUGGGAGCGAAGGACUUCUUCUUGUCUGCAAUGACAGAAAAUUGUACAUGCUUCCAGCACUAUCUUUGAUGAAUUUGGAAUGCAAGAAAUCGCAAACUGAUCCUGUUAACAAUAAUAAUGAUGAUAUUGAAAUUCUCCCAUCUCCGCUUCUCAACGAUGAUGCAUUUAUUCCAUCUGCAAUUGGCUGGUGGAUAAGAGAUGCAGCUGAUGACUUAUCAGGCCACAUUGCAAUUGUUGGUUCGACUAACGGGCACAUCAAAGCAUUCACUCUUUUCACUGGGAAGAUUAUUUUUAUUACUGCAGUUGAUGGAAGGGUCUGUCAAAUCGAUAUCUCUUCAGGAAAUGAUUUAGCCAUAAUAAUCAUCACAAAUGAUUAUGGUAAACAGUGGCGUUUUGUUUUGCAAGAACAAGGUUAUACUCAAGAGCAAAUUACAAGUCGGUAUGAUCGAAACAUGGAAAUGUUUAGUAAUCAGAGUACAUCAAGAAAAAAAGAAGCUGCUCUAUUUGGAGGCAAAAAGUGCGAAAAUGAAAUCAAACCUAGUUUUAAUUCUAGACUUGGAAGAAGCACAAGGAAUGAUGAAGACCCUACGACAUUGAAAUCACUGAAACUUUUCAUAAAAAUGGUGAACGUCCCUGAAGAAUCAUAUCUUGCUGUUCAUAACAAAUCGAUCAGUGGCACUUACCAGUCUAAUUUAGUGACAAUUGAGCAAACAAACGUUGAAUUGAACUCAGUUCAUAAGCUUCCAUACAAAAAUUAUCUUUUGGCUUUAACCAGUUCAUUAUUUGUCUUUACAAAUGAGGAUUUUAACAAAAUCAGUGUUGUGUCCAGACAUUUGUCACAAUGUAAAGCUGACGUGAACAAACACGUUUUAAAUAUGGAUUUCAAUAGUGAAUCUUUAAUUCAAGAAUUUUUUCUUAACAAUAAUGAAAGAGUAUUAAGCAUAUACUGUACUAACUACGCCAAGGAACAAUGCUGUGUCAUUACAAAUUGUGGCAUUUAUGUCCUGAGAAUGAUAAAAAAUCCCUACCAACUGGUCUUAGAUAAUAUUAUUAAUUCUAAUAAUCUACAUUUAGCAGAAAAAUUGGCACAAAUAUUUGCUUUAGAUCUUCAGAAAAUAAUAUGUGAAGCUGGAGAUAAGCAAUUGUCAAAAGGUUUAAUAGAAGAAUCUAAACUACUCUAUUCAUUAUCUCGUUGUGGGAAUAUUCAUCAUGUCAUGAUGUUGGCGAUAAAAGGUUACAUGUCGGAAUUAUUGAAUGCACUUCAGACAUACAAAUUUCCAAAUACGAAUAAAUAUCAUCUAAACAAUUUGAAACUUUUGGUUUUCGUAUAUCAAUAUUUAAUAGCUUUCUCAGCCAAAAUUCAUGAAGAUUUUAGAGAUUUAUUACAAAAUCAUGAAUACGAUGAGGGACUCGCUAAUAACAUCAUUGCUCAAGCUGGCCUUUGUGACGAUUUAAGGUUCUUAAUGAAAAUAAAAGGCAUCCAACAGACUACACUAUCGACUAUAGUAAAUUUAAUUCAACACAAACAUAUAGUUGAUAUUAUGAAAUGUGAUGGCUUCUGGGAAUUAUUCAGUGAAGAAAGCUUAUACGAGUCUAUGUUAGCUAGACCAAAUCUUGCCCUUUUUCAUAUUAAAUUAGUACAAAAAAACCUUUCAGAUUUGAAUGUUUCCAUAAUUAAACGUCUUGAAAUUCUGUACAACCCAUUUAGAACAUCAUUUAGACCAUACAUUACAAACUGCAUCCAGACUGAUGCUCCGAUAAACCAGUGGAUUGAAACAUACCUGCUUAUUUGUGUUACACUGUCUGCAUUAAAACAUGGAUUUAUUGAAGAUUCUUUAAAGCUAAUAUCUAAGAACCAUGAAUGGGUUUUCAACGAGCCCAAGGUUCCAUUUAUUAAGAGACACAUGGCUGCAGGCUUCAAACAUGCAUUUACCGUAUUGGAAGGCAAUGCUUAUGGAUGGGGUAGCACAUUAGCAGGCGCAUUGGGAAUGGGUCCAACAAAUCAACUUGUUUGUGGACCUAAACUGCUCGACGUAUUCCUGAAGCUAAAAAAACAAGUGUUGUCUAUUUCCUGCGGAAGAAGCCACACAAUAGCCUUAACCAAUAAUGGAGUAUAUACUUGGGGUAGUAAUAAAUAUGGACAACUAGGUAUCCCAGAAGUUGUCCAAAGUUGGUAUCCCCAGUUAGUUGAUGAGCUGACAAAUUACAGAAUUAUAAGUGUGGUCUGUGGACAGUAUCAUUGUAUUGCGCUUGAUGAUGAACAUAGAGUUUUUACUUGGGGUUGGGGUGUUCAUGGCCAGCUCGGUCAUGGAAGUGUGGAGGAUUUUAAUACACCCCAUUUAGUAAAAGCAUUGAGCGAUACAGGUAUUGUUCAGUGCGGUGCAGGACAGGCACAUUCGGUGUUUUUAGACAAAAGGGGUAUAGUGUGGGCUUGUGGUUCGAACGUUUUCGGCCAGCUAGGCACGGGAAAAAGCAAGAAGUCCUCUCUUCCGAUUCAAAUACUCGGCAUGCCCGAAACAAUUGUCACAAUCGCUGCAGGAUUUUUUCAAAAUUGUGCGCAAUCAGUGACUGGUAAGAUUUAUCAGUGGGGUCGUAGUCCAAAUGUUUUUCGCACUGCGGCACACAUGGCUAAAAGAAGACUGAGGACUGAGGAAAACAAACCUGACCUACCCAUUAAUGAUAAUUCAGAAUAUAUGAUUCCAAAACUCGUGGAUACAUCAUCUCUAGACAAUAACAUAGUAAAGAUGAGCGUUGGCAGUGAACACAGCAUUAUUUUGACAGACAGCGGUAAUAUAUAUUCGUGGGGAAGAAACAUAGAUGGGCAACUCGGAAUCCAAUCAACUUUAUCUGAAAGAAGAACUCAGUACAUACUCGUCCCAACGUUAAUAAACAUAGGUGUUAAAAUAGUAGAUAUCUGUUGUGGGUGGGAUUUUAGUAUAGCUUUGGAUUCUACAGGAGAUGUAUGGACCUGGGGUGCUAAUCAUUAUUCUAAGGGGACACGAGGAACACUUUCAAGUCUUGAAGGGGAAAUUGUUGUCAUUAAUAAUAAAAAUAGAGUACUGAAGUUACCCCAUUCUUCAACAAACAUUCAGCCAGUUCCAACUAUAUUAGAUAUUCCGAAUAAAGAUAGUCUGACAGUUCCUAUGUAUGUUCCUCCAGAAGUACCAAAGUGCCUAACUAUUGCUAAUGCCGAUAGCACCAUUGUUAAUGAUAUUUGGCGUUACCGUAUGCAUUUUAUUUUAGAGAAGUUAAUUCACUUUUAUAAUCCAUCAGUCAUUGUUCAUCAGAGUAAAAUGUUGAAUGAGAGUGAUGCUCAAUCAAAACUGGCAGAACUGUCUGGAGAUAUAACAACGGCUGUUAAUGAAAAGCUUAAAUCGACAGAAAGCAUACCUCAAAUAUCUUUAAUUAUCGAUUACUUUUUACAGACGACAAAUCAAUCAGAUCAGAUUAACUCUCUAGUACAUAAUAUAUUUCAAUUUUGGAAUAAAAAUGAUCUAGAUAUAACAACACUUGAAGCUCUCUAUUUAAGACAUUGGGACAAAGUCGCAUACAUUGUUGGAAAGCAUUUAUUAGAAAAAUGUAGUAAAUGGGGUCUGUUUUUACAUUUGUUCUCGACUGAUUUCAAACUUCAACUCAUUGAUAAAAUGUGUUCUGAAAGCAAGAGCAGUUUAACCUGCGUUCUAGAAGGAUUCAACGAUUUAAAUGUACUUGUAAGCGCGCUAAAUACGCCAGACAAAUUUUUAGAUAUCGAGCCUGAAAUGUUAAAUGCAUCAGCCACUCAUACCAGUAAACGAACGUACUUAAGCACAAAAUGACAUAUUUAUUUUAAAGUUGAAAUAUAAGCUUUAAUAUACAUGCACAUGUAUAUUUAUAUAUACAUAUAAGCAUGUAGUGUUGAUAUAAAUACUAAAAGAAUGUAAACUGUGUAAAUAAAUUAUUUAUUGUUAUGUAAUGCUCCA